CUAGGCUCCGAGGGAGGCUGUCGGCUGUCGGCUGAGCGGGUCCGGGCCGACGCACACCGGGCCGGGCAGGAUGUCGCGCCAGGCCGGUCGGGGCACCGAGAGCAAGAAAAUGAGCUCGGAGCUCUUCACUCUGACCUAUGGAGCUUUGGUCACUCAGCUGUGUAAGGACUAUGAGAAUGAUGAAGAUGUCAAUAAACAGCUUGACAAAAUGGGCUACAACAUUGGAGUUCGAUUAAUAGAAGAUUUUUUGGCCCGGUCCAAUGUAGGAAGAUGCCAUGACUUCCGGGAAACUGCAGAUGUAAUUGCAAAGGUGGCAUUUAAAAUGUAUCUGGGCAUCACCCCAAGCAUCACCAACUGGAGCCCAGCAGGUGAUGAGUUCUCCCUCAUCUUGGAAAAUAACCCUCUGGUGGACUUUGUGGAGCUGCCUGAUAACCACUCAUCUCUUAUUUACUCCAACCUCUUGUGUGGGGUGCUGCGAGGAGCCCUGGAAAUGGUUCAGAUGGCCGUGGACGUGAAAUUUGUCCAGGAUACGUUGAAAGGAGAUGGCGUCACAGAAAUACGGAUGAAGUUUGUUAGGCGGAUUGAAGACAAUCUCCCGGCUGGAGAGGAGUGAGCCACAGCGCAAUCUCCCCAAGGGACUGGAGGGACCAGCUGCUGUGGCCUGUAGCUCGUCAUGGACUCGUAGGGAUUUAGUGCCCCCUUUAAAUUCCAACUCCUAAAGACUCACUGACUGUUUACGUUGUUACAUUUCCAUUUUCCAUAUAAGACAACCCUCUGGGUUACUCUACUUAUCCCAUAGGUUCACUUUAAAGAUUUUCAUAGGGUGGAUAACUUUUUCAUACGACCCACAGAGACUCUUUCUACACUCAGUUUUUAGCUGGAUAUUCGGCUGUGGGCAAAGUUUGCUCCUUAAAUGCUAAAAGAUCUCCAGGCGAUUCAAGUAUGGGACUGAGUUUCAUAACCAAAAGAGAACCCAUCACGGGAGCUGCUUUCUUCUCGAGACACAUGCAUUGCUCCCACUGAUGCUUGUGAAGGCUAUACUAGGCUUGCAGAUGGAGGGGGUGACACAUGUGACUGACUGGCUAACACAUGUAUGUAGCAGCAAAGAAUGAAGCAUAUAAAGUGAAAGGAAUGGGAGCGCCUAAUGGCGCACACAGUUGGUCCUACUCUCUCCAGUUGUGCCUCUUCUUACUGAGGACACAAUGUCUGUAGUUAAAACACUGCAAUAGGCUCAUGGAGUGAAAAAGUGAUGGCAGAGCACUUCAGACAAGCCCUUUUUAUCCAAAAUAAAGCUUGGGGGCUUUUCAGUGCAAAUGAUCUGCUUCCAUUUGGGGUCAUGGUGCUCUUGGGGGAGAGGGGUUUGGUGGCAAAGCGAACUUCUGGUUUGUCAGGGACUGUAUUUGAGGGUCAGCAGCAUCAGGCUCUUAGUUCAUUUAGCAGAACAGAAUUUCAGUGGCCACAUUAGCACCCCGCGGCUCUCACUGUUGCACUAAUCCGCUGAACAUUUCCAGUCUCUGCUGAAAAAAGUAGCCCUGGUUAGCGUGCUAUGAAUAUUUGGUCUGAAACAUUUGUUAUUAAAUAUUGUUCUCCAAAAUAUACACUGAGAUACGCACUGAUCUCAGCUUCUUACUCAAAGCAAACCACUCAUAACUAAUUCUGAGUUUAAUAGUUAAAUGCACAUAAAAUUAAAACCUCAUUAUCUUAAGGAUUAGACCGGGAAGGCUGCCUUAGAGUGUAGUAUCCUAACAGGAGGCUGGGCGCCUUCCUUCAGAGGAAAACGGUAUAAAGAUGAAGAGCAUAACCAGCAUCUCAGGAGAUUCAAAUUACCUGCUUCCUUCUUUUUGGAGGCAAGAAUUUUCAGUUUUUCUCCCACAACAAUGCUGCUAGGAGCCGAUCCGUGGAACAGUCUUGUCUGGGUAUAUUGUGCUAUGGUGGUGGUCUGACUCUAUUAUGUGAUAAGGUUCAUAGAGGGACAAGUAAAUUGCGUUAUAAUGCCCUGAAUAUUUUUAAUAGAAAAAAUAAAUUACAGUGCCUGAAAUGCAUUCAGCAUUUCAUAUAGUCUACACAGCCAGGAUCUUAUUUCCACUGUCUGACAAAAUCUAGAUAUAAAA